AUGGGGGUCUCGUCGAAGCGCUCGCCUUCUGCCAUGGAGAAGGAUCUUGUCCCCCACCCAAUCAUGCGGGCCGCCCUCGAAGGCAACCUCCGCGUCCUCAAAGAGAUGGCGACCGUCGUGAAGAACGAAAGCGGCAUCUGGAACCGCGCGCUCAUGCUGGCGGCGAUGGAAGGGCGGCUAGACGUCUGCAGGCUGCUCGUCGAGGAUGUCCGCGUCGACGUCAACCAACCCAUCACUGACGACGAAGGUAACCACACCGCAGUGUGUAUUUCUGCAAUGCUUGGGACAGCUGCUACCACGAGGUAUCUUCUCGACUGCGGCGCAGAUCCGACGGUUGCUGGAAGUAUGGGAACAGCUCUACAUGGUGCUGUGCUGAACGGACAAUAUGAAACCAUUGAACUGUUGCUUUCAAGAGGAAUUGAUGUGGACCUAUUUGACUCUGUGCAUGGAACCGCGUUGCAUGUUGCAGCUUCUAAAGGUGAAGCUGGCACGGUGAAACUUUUGUUGGAGCACCAUGCAGAUCCUAACAAGGUUUUAAACCUUGAUUCUACCCCACUGGGUUUGGCCAUACAGAAUAAAUCAUUGGAGUGCGUGAGGCUACUCCUUAAGGCUGGUGCUGAUCCGAAUUUCUUGUACUAUAAUGGUGUCACUUACACGAUGGUGGCGGCAAAUAAUGGCUUACCUGACAUCAUGAAGUGCUUACUGGAUGCUGGUGCUAAUCCCAAUACUCCAGAUGGUUUUGGUACAACUGCAAUUGAAAUUGCUGCUCUUCAUGGCAGAAGGGCUAUGGUUGAAAUGUUAUUUCCGUUAACUUCUCCUGUUUCAACUGUGCCGGAUUGGAGUAUUGAUGGAAUCCUUUCACAUGUGAACAUUUUUAAUUUGAACCCGAGAUUUAAAAAUCCGCUGGCACUGGAAGCGAAAAUAGCGGAAGUGAAAUCAGAGGCCACAGAGGCUUUUAGGAGAAAGGAAUAUAUGAGAGCAGCAGAGCUGUAUCAUUAUACACUAAAACUUGAAGAUAGAGUAAAAGAACAUGCGUUCUUGCUGGCAAAUAGGAGUUUCUGCUUCUUGCGCAUGGGAAAAGGAGAAGAUGCUGUCUCCGAUGCUACUAAGUGCAUAGAGUGUCUACCUUAUUGGCCUAAAGGAUACUACCGACAAGGGGCAGCUUAUAUGUUACUGAAGGACUACGGAAAAGCAUGCAAGGCUUUUGAGGAUGGCUUGAAGCUAGACCGUACAAAUGUUGAUAUUAAGAAUGCUUUAAGGGAAGCCCAAGAGGCAUUGAAGAGUGCUGAUUGCGUCGAAAAAAAGACCUAUUUGGAGUGA